AUGAGAAUGAAAGAAAGUUUUCUUUUCUUUUCUUUUCUUUUAACCCAUUGCAAAAGCGAUAAUAAACCCGGCGUUUAUUUCUGCCUCACCCAUGAUAGACUCUCUCUCUCUCUCUCUCUCUCUCCUAUUCCUUCUUUCUUUCUUUCUCUUUCUCUCUCUCCUAUUCGUUCUUUCUUUCUCUCUCUCUCCCCUAUUCCUUCUUCCUUCUUUCUUUCUCUCUCUCCUAUUCCUUCUUUCUUUCCCUCUCUCUCUCCCUCUCUUCUAUUCAUUCUUUCUUUCUCUUUUUUUCACGUAAACGCAAGUACGAAAUUGUCUAUCGAUCUGUUUAACCCCAUUAUUUAUUUAUUUAUCUAUCUAUCUAUCUAUCUAUCUAUCUAUCUGACUGUCUAUCUGACUGUCUAUCUAUCUACAGUGCGUCCUCGCCUUUGUCUUUCUGUCUUUUCUUCUCCUCUGUACUCUUUUUCUUUUUUCGUUACCUCUUCAUUCUCACUUUCUUCUUCUAAUUCCUUUCCCUCUACUUCUACUCUUCCUCCUCCUCCUCUAUUUCCCGUGUCUUUUCUUUUUUUUAUUCUCACUCCCAUUUUUUACUUUUCUUUUUCAUUUCAGCUUCAUUCUACAUUAUACUCAACUCUUCCUUUUCUUUUUUCUUUUUUCUUCAGAUUCCUUCUGUUUUUCCUUCUUCUUUUUUUCUUUCUCUUCUUUACGUCACCCUUUUAUUCUCCUUCACAAAUAAUCCCUUCAAGACGAGCUACGAGUAGUUUGUCCGUCUUCGAUUCCCAUACACACGUAUUUGAUGAAAUACAAAGCAUGCGACGUCGUUCCAAAACACACUGUCAUUCACAUUCCGAAUGGAUUGAUGACACACAAAUCAUUUGUAAGGAAACGACUAGAUCUGACCAGGAAUGA